AGAAAAUAGCCCCAAUCCAUUGAGAAUAGGAUCCAUUUUAUCAACGGGAGCCGUGCAUUUUUCUUUCUGUUAAACAGCAUCAACAAAGAUGUGUGUGUGUAGACUACUGUACUGCAAGUGCGGACAAACAUACAUCCAUCCAUCUCGCGCGAAACACAAAAACAUACACACACAAACAUACAUCUCUCUUGCCUGCUUGCUCUCUCUCACUCUCUCUCACUCUCUCUCACUCUCUCUCAAAGGGUACGCACACCACAUACUACAGCUGACGGCCACACACAUUUCCUUCCUCCCCUCCCCCGCCUUGGCUCUUUUCUGCUCUCUUUUUCUUUCACUUCAGAACAUAUUCAUCCCAUUGACAUUCCACUCGUCCUCCAUCACUCACUCAGAUUCUGCAAGGGUCGACUUUGUUCUCGCGUGCUCAAAGGGUCACUAUUCGUCUUUUCUUUUCAUUUUUUUAACACCCCGCAACACUCACACUCACACUCACACCCUGCUUUUCCCCAGACCAACCGCCCGUCGGUUCUUCGAUUCAAACCCUGGUUGCCUUUGCUACCUUCUCCAUUGCUUCUCCCAUCCCUCUUCCUCCAUCCGUCUGUCUUACCUCAAAUCAGUCUGGUUUCCUCCUCUUUAUUCCGUCACCUGCCGUUACAGCCCUCCCUCUUUUCCUCAGCACAAUUGACACUGCCACUUUCCCCUUUUUAUUUAUCCACAUUUGAACCAACAGCAUCGGCCGGCGAUUCCCACACUUACACCGGCCUACCCUU